AUUGUCCUUUGCAACAAAAUGGCGACGGUGCUCUCCAUUCACGAUCGACGAAUAUUAACGGCGCUGAACAGUGGAGCAUCCAGUCUAUCGUUCCUAGGAUCUGGAUUCAUUGUGCUUUGCUACUCCCUCUUCAAGGAACUUCGCAAGUUCUCCUUCAAGCUCGUCUUCUACCUCUCCCUCUCCGACAUGCUUUGCAGUUUCUUUAACAUGGUCGGAGACCCAUCGAAAGGUUUCUUUUGUUAUGCUCAGGGCUACACCACACAUUUCUUCUGCGUUGCUUCCUUCCUCUGGACCACAACUAUUGCUUUUACUCUUCAUCGAACUGUUGUUAGACACAAAACUGAUGUUGAAGAUUUGGAGGCCAUCUUUCACUUGUAUGUCUGGGGAACUUCGCUGGUAAUGACUGUCAUACGUUCUAUUGGUAAUGACCACUCUCAUUUGGGUGCAUGGUGUUGGGCACAAACAGGUCGCACUGGAAAGGCAGUUCACUUUAUAACAUUUUACGUCCCACUAUGGGGUGCAAUUCUUUACAAUGGUUUUACAUACUUUCAAGUGAUACGCAUGCUGAACAAUGCCACCCGUAUGGCAGUUGGCAUGUCAGAUCGUGCAUAUCAAUUUGAUGCAAGGACAGACAUGAAGGCUUUAAACCGGUGGGGAUACUAUCCACUGAUCCUGAUAGGAUCGUGGGCAUUUGGAACAAUUAAUCGCAUCCACGAUUUUAUUGAGCCUGGCCACAAGAUCUUUUGGCUCUCAUUUCUUGAUGUUGGGACUGCUGCACUUAUGGGCCUUUUCAACUCGAUAGCAUAUGGUUUGAAUGCUUCAGUUAGGCGGGCAAUUUAUGAAAGAAUUGAACUGUUUUGGCCAGAGAGGCUUCAGAGAUGGUUCCCUAACAGUUCAAGGUAUAGAAACCAACAACAACAGAGUGAACUGAUCUCCCUGAAAAUUCAGGACCAGCAAUAGUAGCCAGUUGGACAUUGUCUAUACUACAACCUGAGGAGCUUUGCUAGCUGUCCCAUUUUUGUAGACAUUCAUUCAUUAAAUUGUAGGGGAGAAUGAAGUUUGAAAUGAAGAGAGUGAAAGCUAUUGAAUCAUUUCUUUCACGCGACUGAUGUGUUGCAGAUAGGCUAUUUCUGGAGAGGCAGCAUCUGUAAUUUUGAACUAGUGGAUGCAGCAAUUCCACGGGCACAAAUAGCCAGCCGUCCACUAAUAUGGGAAGAUAUGCACCAUUGAUUUUUAGUUGUAGGAAAAGCUGCAGUAGUGUCUUUAGUGGUUCAUCUGCUGCCCUAUUAGUUGAUUGAUUGGCAAUUGUGUGCUGUUGAGUUGUGGUUUUUGUAUAUACUAAUAUGAUUUGUAUCCUUCCUUAUAAGAUACUAGUGUAAAAUUGUUUCAAUGAUUAUAUUUGUUUGGAGG